CUGCAAUGCUUGAAUGGAUCAUGCACCGGCUGCCUUGACUCCGCAAGCAUUUCCGUUUGUUUCGCCAUGGAGCCUUGCCAUUGUUUCUCCUCCAACCUUGUUCGCCGUAGAGCUUCUCUAAUCGCUUGUGUGCACAAAACAGAAAAGAAGUCGCCACUAAAAGUGCCGGCCGGCUUGCUGGCUGUUGAGCAUACAGCAUCAGCAUCCGACCAAAGUCCAAUAUUUUGCUUUUUUUUCCUUUUUGAAGCAAGCAAAUGCUUUUCCUUUGCUGCUGCUGCUGCUGCAAAUGGCGCCACAUGAGUCCACAAUCGUCGUUCCUGGCAACUACUUAUACCUGACUAGGAGGGCGAUUGCCUUGUUAACUUAAUCUAGUCAGUUAAGCUUCACACAUACACGGUGUCACGGUGCAAUGCAGAUGUAGGCUACAGAGACCAAUCACGUAAAGAAAAGAGGCUUUACGUGUUGUAGCUGUAGAUAGGGUGGGAGGAGGAGGAGAAGACAUGCCGACCUUUUUGUUCGCACCAGUCGCCAUCCAGAGGUGACGACACCUUGCACUUCGUUUCAGUUCAGUUCACGGACACACUCUCUGACAGACUACUCCUCCAUGACUUGACUCUGCAUCUCCAUGAGAGGGAGCACCAUCAUCCUCACCAUCUCUGCCUGCUGCAUAUCCCUGCUAGUGAGUGCCAUCGUUCGUUCACUAGCUACACUAGACACCAAUUGCACUUGCAACAAUCCAACAAGGCCAGAACCAAUCAAUGGCGGCCACCGGCUGCUACGGCGCCAGGCGGCUCUCGGACCUACUCCGGGAGCAGCAGGAGCCCUUCCUCCAGCUCCAGGCGCCGCAGCGCCGCUCGCCCGUCGACGCCGCCUGCGCCGGCGGUGUCACUGCGUUAGGCAGAAGCCUGCUGUGCGGUGGCAACAGGGCCGCGACGAAGGCUUUGCUGUGGGGUGGCCUCGCCGGCUGUUUCACGUGCGGCGUGCGCCAGACGUUCCGCCGCCUGCCGCGAGCCGGAGACAUCGGCGGCCGCUGCGACGUCGCCAGCGAGCUCGGCGGCGUCGGCGGCGAUGCCAUGGACGGCGGCAGGCAGCUCAGCCCCGUGUCCGUGCUGGAGCUGCAAUCCGACGAGGAUUCGCCCGUGCCUAGCCAUUGGGAUGAGUACGACGACGACGACAAGCCGUCGACGUCAGCGAGCUCGCCGCCGUCUGACCACGACCAGCUUCCCGGCGCCGCCGCCCCAUGCUCCACCUUCUUCGCCACCAGCGGCAAGAUUCGCGCGAUGGAGGCGGAAGUGGAAGGCAACGGCAGCAAGAGGCUGCAGAGGAAGAGCGGCGAGUCCUCCUUGGAGGAGAUGGAGCAGGCCACCGUCUCCGGCUGGGAGAUGAUCGCGGCGGACAUCUCCCGUAUCCCGAGCUUGGUGGCGCUCGACGUGUCCGAGUCUGCACGGGAGUGGAGGCGGGUCGCCGGCGACGAGGAGGCCCGGCGGGUGGGGCAGAGCAUCGAGGCCAUGAUCUUCGAGGAGGUCAGGUGGGAGGCCGUGCGUGACAUGAUCUGCCUGCGCGAAUUCUGACUUGUGCCAUGAAUUUCCUGCUGUAAAUCGGAAAAUUGGGCACAACUUUCUUGUUGUCCCGUGAUGUCUUCCCUUCUCAGUAUCAGUGGAGAAGGGAAAAGGUAAAUUGUAGCAAGGUUUUAGUUUGAUUAUUUUUUACCACUCCAUUCCCUACCAUUUCAAAGUUUACAGUUAGCCGUCUCUCUCUCUCUCUACAACUGGAAAAUUUGCUCAAGAGGACAUGGAGUGAAAAAUGGCCAGGUGAAGCCAUAUGGACUGGCAGGCAUUUCUUCUAUGUAGAUAGUGUUGCUUCCUGUGAUAAAUUAAUGGAUUCUGGUAGUGCAGAAAGCAAAAGGACACAGCUUUUUAGCUGUCGUAUCUUUUCAGAAAA